AUUAUUUUCCCAAUCCAGCUAGUAAUCAAUAUUUCCCGGUCAGUUUUUGUCUUUGUCAACGGCCGGCCGGCCGGCCGAUGUACAGUAUCUUCAGUCCGACAAUAUCGAGAUUCGCAGUGAUGUUGUCACUGAAUAGAAGAACGAAUUCAAACACACCCAAUGAGCCCCUUUUACACACACAAGACACAGACUCGGAGGAAAAGGAAGAAUCAAAAGCAGAAAAUUUGGUGAAAAGAGCAUGCCAAGAAUCAAAGAUGAUAUGGGAAAUAGCAGGACCCUCUAUUUUCAAUCGAUUGACCAUGUUUUCUCUCACUGUUAUCAGUCAAUCCUUCGCCGGACACUUGGGUAACCGUGACCUCGCCGCCAUUUCCAUUGCCACCACAUUCUUCAUCUCCAUUACCUUCGGAUUCUUGCUGGGAAUGGCAAGUGCAUUGGAGACAUUGUGUGGACAGGCUUAUGGGGCAAAGCAAUACACUUUGCUGGGUGUAUACUUGCAGCGUUCUUUGGUCGUAUUGUUCCUUAGCUCUCUAGUACUGUUGCCUCUUUUUGUGUUUGCCGAGCCUAUAUUGGAGUUUCUGGGGCAGCCAGAAGCAGUGGCUAAAUUGACUGGAAAGGUUGCAAUUUGGCUGAUACCUAUGCACUUGAGCUUUCCUUUCCAAUUUACGUUGUUAAGGUUCCUGCAGUGCCAGCUAAAAACAGUGGUAAUUGCUUGGGUUUCUGCUGGGACACUUGCUCUUCAUGUGGUUUUGUGUUGGAUUUUUCUUUAUAAAUUGGGAUUUGGAAUUGUUGGGACUGCCCUUAUUCUUGAUAUCUCUUGGUGGAUUUCUGUGUUGGGGCUUCUUGGUUACAUUGUUUUCGGUGGGUGCCCUCAUUCUUGGACUGGUUUCUCUAUGCAAGCGUUUGUUGGCCUUUGGGAUUUUCUCAAGCUCGCUGUCGCUUCUGGGGUGAUGCUACUGUUGGAGAAUAUUUAUUUUAGAGUGCUAGUUAUUGUGUCUGGGCACAUGAACAAUACUGAGGUUGCAGUCGAUGCGCUCUCUAUCUGUAUUACUAUCAUUGGAUGGGAAUCCAUGAUUCCACUAGGAUUUUUGGCAGCAACAGGGGUACGAGUUGCAAAUGAGCUUGGAGCUGGAAACGGAAACCGUGCAAAGUUUGCCACGAAAGUUGCAUUGUUGAACACUUUAGCAUUGGGAAUUUUGUUUUGGUCAAUUGUUAUGGUCUUUCCUGAUAAGCUUUCUAUGAUUUUCACCUCAAGCAUUCCUGUCAUUAAAAUGGUGGGUGGAUUUGCUUUCUUGUUAGCAACCACAAUCCUCUGUAAUUGUGUUCAACCAGUUCUUUCAGGCGUAGCAGUUGGAUCCGGUUGGCAGGCACUUGUGGCAUAUGUCAACUUAGGCAGCUACUAUUUAGUAGGAGUGCCCCUUGGUAUCUUUUUUGGAUGGUCACUAAACUUUGGAUUAACGGGCUUAUGGUACGGUAUGAUCAUGGGGACAGUAGUUCAAACCUUGAUUUUAGGGAUUAUGACCAUCAGAUGUCAAUGGACCAUAUAAAGAGGCAUAGUGAAAACUUGUUGUCUGCUUAUGUUGGAAGAUAUCUAUGCUAUGUGUUGUUGUAUAAUAACUUUGUUCCAGUUUGUUUUUUUCUCCCCAUUUAAUCAUCGGUAUCCGAAACUCACUUGAGCACUCCCUCCAAUUGCUUAUGUGCUUGGCAAUGGGAGCUUGCAGAGACAGAAACUGAUGAGGUCUCAUUAGAUGGAGUGCUUCUUUUUACCCCUCUAUUUUUUGGUGUUUUGGCAUUAGGAGAGCAGAGGGGAGGGGAGGGGAGAGGUGAUUAGACAAAAAAUGACAAGCUUACCGAGGAAAUGAGUCUUAUACGAGGAUAUGGAUCGUUCUUGAUACUAAUAUUCUUUACUGUAUUUUCUUUUCCUACUUGUUUGAUAUGCUUUACUUGAUA